AUGGCGUGGUACUCCAUUCUCCCGCCGCAGCUCAUCCAAUUUGAGAGCUGGGCAGUGCGCAUCUUCUUCCUCCUCGGCCUCAUCACCAUCGUCCCAUGGGCAGCUCUCAUCGUCUUCGACGCUGGUCUCUAUAUCUACCGCAUGAUUCUAUGGGAAUUUCCCUGGAUCGGAGGACGCGCGCGGGGCCAUCAACGGCCACGGGCACCGAGUUUGCAGGAACGGCCUGGCGGGCAAAGACGGGCAUUUGGGUUGUGCGGCGUCGAGACGGAUUCUGGGGAUAGUGACUCUGGAAAGUCCGGACAUACGUCAAGGAGCAAAGGUACGGUGAGGAGUCAAGAUGCUGGGAGGGAGAAUACUGCUCCUACUGCCGAUGGUCAUACUUCUUUCGGGGCUGACGGAGACGUGAAACGCCGAUUGACGCGACGAGCUUGA